CUGCGCACUGCCUGCCGGGAGUUGUAGUUUCCGUGAAGCUGGCCCGGUUUAAUCCAGUGGCCACGCUCCGGUGCCGCGGCGCCCAAGGGUCGAGGCGGAAGUAGGGCAGCUACCUGGCGGUGGACAGAGUUGGGGGAGACGAGGACGCCGGGUUGGCGGUCGCGAGGCGCGGGCGGGUACGGACGAGAGCUGCGAGACUCGCCAAGGGGGCGUGCACGGCGACAGGCCCCUGGGGAGGAGGCCGGGCAAGGCCGGGCGCAGGGAGACUCGGUGGUCCUGGCACCCAGCCUGGACGAUGCACAAGAGGAAGGGACCCCCAGGCCGAGGCGCUGCAGCUGCCCGCCAGAUGGGCCUGCUGGUCGACCUCUCCCCGGACGGCCUGGUGAUCCCCCAGGACGGAGUGAAUGACGAGGAGCUGGAGGCCGAGUUCUUGGCCUUGGUGGGAGGUCAGCCCCCGGCCCUGGAAAAGCUGAAAGCCCAAGGUCCCUUGCCCAUGGAAACCAUCGAGAAGAUGGCCAGGCUGUGUAUGAGGGACCCGGAUGAGGACGAAGAGGAGGGGACGGAUGAGGAGGAUGUAGAGGAGGACGAUGACCUGCUGGCUGAACUGAAUGAGGUCUUGGGAGAGGACCAGAAGGCUUCGGAGCCCCCGCCAUCUGCAGCUCAGCCCAAGCCCGCAGCCCUCAGCCCAGGCGUGGGCACCACCUUGCACGAGAGACUGCGACUCUACCAGGCAGCCCUGGAAGGCGCCAGACAGGCAGGGGACAGUGCCAAGAUGCGACGCUACGACCGAGGCCUUAAGACUCUGGAAAACUUGCUGGCCUCCUUCCGGAAAGGCGAGGCCAUCGACGAAGGGGACAUCCCGCCGCCGGUGGCCAUUGGCAGAGGCCCUGCAGUGGCCCCUGGCCACACCCCUGUGCCCACCCAGGCAGAGCCCAGGCUCACCCUGGAGGUGCUACCCCCAGCCGCUCCAGCCACCUCCUCCAGCGCCACCUCCUCCAGCGCCAGCUCGGCCAAGCCUCAACUCCCCCCAGGUCCCUGCAGCCCCAGCCCCCUGGGCCAGUUACAGAGCCGCCAGCGCGAGUAUAAGGUGGCCGCCCUUCACGCCAAGCAGCAAGGCAACCUGGCCGCCGCCGCCAGAUACUUCCGCGUGGCCAAGAGCUUCGACGCCGUCCUGGAGGCCCUGAGCCAGGGGGAGCCGGUGGACCUGUCCCGUCUGCCCCCUCCACCUGACCAGCUGCCUGCAGAGCCACCAUCGCCGCCACCUCAGGCCCGGCCCCCUGCACCGGCAGCCCCUACCUCCCCAGAAAUGCCCCCGCCCCCACGGACCCUGCUGGAGGCCCUGGAGCAGCGGAUGGAACGGUACCAAGUGGCUGCGGCCCAGGCCAAGGCCAAGGGCGAUCAGCGGAAGGCUCGCAUGCACGAGCGGAUAGUCAAGCAAUACCAAGAGGCCAUCCGGGCCCACAAGGCUGGCCGAGCAGUGGAUGUGGCCGAGCUGCCUGUACCCCCAGGGUUCCCCCCGAUCCAGGGCCUGGAGGCCACCGAGCCUGUCGCACAGAGCCUGGUGGGGGUCCUGGAGACCGCCAUGAAGCUGGCCAGCCAGGAGGAGGGCCCAGAGGAGGAUGACAAUGAGGAGGAGGAGGAGGUGGUGCCCAGGAAGCAGAACAGCCCCGCGGCCCCCGCCGCCCCCCAGCCCCGAGCCCCACAGCCAGGAUCGGCCCCAGCCCCCAAAGCAGCCCCCAAAGGCACAUCCGCCAGAGCCCAGCAGCAGCUCGCCUUCCUGGAGGGUCGCAAGAAGCAGCUCCUGCAGGCGGCUCUGCGAGCCAAGCAGAAGAACGACGUGGAGGGCGCCAAGAUGCACCUGCGCCAGGCCAAGGGGCUGGAGCCCAUGCUGGAGGCCUCGCGCAACGGGCUGCCCGUGGACAUCGCCAAGGUGCCACCUGCUCCCGUCAACAAGGACGACUUUGCCCUGGUCCAGCGGCCUGGCCCGGGCCUGUCACAGGAGGCCGCCCGGCGCUACGGCGAGCUCACCAAGCUGAUACGGCAGCAGCACGAGAUGUGCCUGAACCAUUCCAACCAAUUCACCCAGCUGGGCAACAUCGUGGAAACCACCAAGUUUGAGAAGCUGGCGGAAGACUGUAAGAGGAGCAUGGAGACGCUCAAGCAGGCCUUCGCCCGCGGCCUGCCCACGCCCGGAGCCCGCUUUGAGCAGAGGACCUUCAGCGUCAUCAAGAUCUUCCCAGAGCUCAGCAGUAACGACAUGCUGUUGUUCAUUGUGAAGGCCAGCAGCCUGCCCACACCCCCAGGGCUGUCCCCUGGUGACCUGGAUGUCUUCGUCCGCUUCGACUUCCCUUACCCCAAUGUGGAGGAGGCCCAGAAAGACAAGACCUCCGUGGCCAGGAACACCGACUCCCCUGAGUUCAAGGAGCAGUUCAAACUGUGCAUCAACCGCAGCCACCGUGGCUUCCGCAGGGCCAUCCAGACCAAGGGCAUCAAGUUCGAGGUGGUCCACAAGGGGGGACUCUUCAAGACUGACCGGGUGCUGGGGACGGCGCAGCUCAAGCUGGACGCCCUGGAGACAGCGUGCGAGGUCCGGGAUGUGCUGGAGGUGCUGGACGGGCGGCGGCCCACAGGGGGGCGGCUGGAGGUGAUGGUCCGCAUCCGGGAACCGCUCACAGCCCAGCAGUUGGAGACCACGACGGAGAGGUGGCUGGUCAUCGACCCCGUGCCCACGCACCAGGUGAAUGUCAGCAAAGGCAAGGCCCCUCCAGGACCGACGCGUGAGCCAGCCAACAGGUCAGCCCGGCCCAUGCACAGUCUCAGCGUGCUGGCCUUCGACCAGGAGCGCCUGGAGAGGAAGAUGUUGGCCCUCAGACAGGCACGGCGCCCCGUGCCGCCCGACGUGGCCCAGCAGUACCAGGACAUCAUGCAGCGCAGCCAGUGGCAGAGGGCGCAGCUGGAGCAGGGCGGCGCCAGCCUCCGGCGGGAGUACGCGGCCCAGCUGGAGCGCCAGCUGCAGUUCUACACCGAAGCCGCCCGGCGCCUGGGCAACGAGGGCAACAGGGAGGCGGCCAAGGAGGCGCUGUACCGGCGGAACCUGGUGGAGAACGAGCUGCAGCGCCUCCGGAGGUGAGGGCCCCGCGGCACCCGGACAGCAGACGCAGACAAUCAGCCGACAGUCGCUUCUGGACUCCUCCCGCCCCAGCCCUACCACCACCGCCACGCAGGCCUCCGGC